UGUCAGGUCACGUGAUAUGGCUUACUAAUCCUUCCACCAUAUAACUUUCCACAAAGCUAGCAACCUUUCAAUCACACAAGCUUUACACCUUCCACAGGUUAUGAGACCCGUUUUGCGCAAAAUCGCUGCCAAUUCGGGAUUCCUUGUCAAUAUACUCAUUAUUUGAACUACUGCUUCAUUUGAUACGCCCAUCAGGAGUUAAAAUCAUCUUAUUCUAUCAGUAUUGAUGCGUUUGAGAUCUUGAUGAUCAAUAAUACUACUGCUCGCUUAAAAAAAAGAGGCUUGCAGAAAACGCACCACAUUUGCAAAAAAGCAAGAAAAGAGAACGAUAUUGGCAAGGAUCCAAUAAACGAAUAUCAAGAUGGCGGAUUCAAUACAAUCUCGCCCACACACACGUUCGCGAUCUCGCGUCCUUUCCACUGGAUCAGUUGCAGUUGAUGAUGAUGAUUCUUCACACUCACGCUCUGCCAGUGGACAUCCUCCUGGAGCCUUUGAAAGCUCCAUUGAUGAAACACCCUCUCGAUUUGAAGCUGGUUCUCUUGAUGAGAAUAAUGGACACCCAGGUGUCUACCGUUCGGGCGAGGCAAUAUCAGACCAACAGAUGGAGCAUCUCAAGAUGAUACUUGAGAUGGACAAGGGGAAGCAAAGAGUCCUAGAACUCGAACUACAACUGGAAAAACUCCGUCAACAGAGAUCCUCUACGGAUCGACCACAGGAUGUCAACAAUCAUCCUGCCACCACCUCAACAGCUACAACAGCUACAACGCACAACCUGAAGGUCCUACCCAAUGCGGCCUGCAAAGCGGCUGCGGCGAUUCCUUCAGCGACACCAGGCCUACCGACUGCGGCCCGUAAAGAGACUGCAGCGAUUCCUGAUCCAUCAAUUGAUAAUCUAUUCAUUGAUGAGGAUAUUCGACCUGAGUGUCCAUUACUUCUCAUACCCACUAAUAAUUGGUGGAUUGACUAUGAUAUCUCCGCGAGAAUACCUACCCUUUUAGUGCAGAAUACACUGAACUCCUCAGAACUCACAGUUGAAUCUGAUGAUCCUCCGACAUCUACAAGGGAUAUCACUACAGUGGGGGAAGCUUCAGUGGGGGACAGUCUUGAAGACCUACCCACCGAUCCCGAGAUCGCUGCACUUCCGAUCCCGAAAAACCUCACGCGCGCCAAAGCUUCCAUGGAAUGGAAGUAUUAUUACAAGACCUGUGUUAAAGAGGUCAACUGUUUGAAAUAUAUGCGUUGGAAAGAGAAUAUAAUGAAGAUGAAGGGAUAGGGGGAUAAAAAAUGAUGUAUAUCAUGACUGGUUUUUCAUUACUUCACAUUUUCCAGUCAUUUUUUGUACCUGUACUUGAUUUGAAGGCGAAUUUUGUAUAUAGCAUCGUGUAUAGUUACUCUGGUGAGUGGGGGUGUCAGGUCACGUGAUCUGACUUACUAAUCCUUCCAUCAUAUAACUUUUCACAAAGCUAGCAACCUUUCAAUCACACAAGCUUUACAUCUUUCACAAUAUAUGUAUAAAUAUCUGUAAGAGGUUUACGCUGAAUAGAUCAGUAUAAUAUAUAAAUCUUAUAUAAUAAAAGUGAAAAACAUUAGAGAAGAAAAAUAAAAAGAGAAAGUGUAAGAAUCA